AGAAGCUGCAAUUGCGACCCUUCGAACAGUCUAUCAAGUAAACUGACAUUCGAAAACUUCCUAACCAAUCAACAUAGCAUCACCACCUGCAAGCGGCAUUGCUCACAAUGUUCACCAAGACGGUUAUUAUCUUGCUAGCAUCUUUAUCGCAGGGAAAAGAAAUUUUGAAGAGACGUCACGAUGAACCAACAUCCUUCAUAGAUAAAUUCCCAUGGUCGUUCUUCCUGAACAAAACCGGCCUCGAUCCGCUCCAGUAUCUCAAACCUCCAUCCGAUGACACACCCGAGACACUCGUCUGCACUACGGAACCCGAUCCCGAUCGACUCGCCUGCCCAGUCGCCAUAGCCGCGUGGUCGAACUUCACCGAUGCAGAACAGCGCAUAAGCAUCCCAGCUGGCCAAUGCCUAUCUGCGACAGAAGGAACAUGCCGAACCGUUGCGUGUGCGCCGAGACUGGAUGUCACCGUGAAAAAUGGUGAGAUAACAGGACGAAUGUGGAAUCCCGUGUCGACAAAGUGUGUGUUUGGUGGCGUCGGAGGAAUAUGGCAGAAUGAUGGGUCAACUCUAGUCAUUGAGAUGGGUUAUGCAGGUCAAGAAUGAAUCAAGAUGUAUUCGUACUUUACAAAAGAGUCUAGCUGGUAUUCGCAUCC